ACCGAAAGCCUUCGACCCAAACCGGAAGCAAAAGGGCCAUACUCAUCACCAUUUCCUUGUUGCAGAAAUCGAAACCAACCGUACCAAACCCUCUCUCGUUUCCGCCAAUCUGCACGCGUUCGCUUUCUCUCAUCGCACAGCAUCAUUCUCCGAUGAAGCGAUAGGUUUUGCAAUAGCAUCUCAGGAUCUUCUUCAUUGGGUCCUUUCACCUUCCAUUUCAAAUAGGUGCUAGACUUCUAAGAAAAUCAAAUGCAUCCUCGUAAGUUUUUUCUUACACCCAAGAAUCAAGUCAAGGAGAAUGAAAUGCAUCCUCGUAAAUUUUUCCUUUCACCCAAGAAUCAAGUUGAGGACCUAACAGGUUCCAGUUGUACCAGUCACCAACAAAGCUGUCUACCAGAUCCAAUAUAUGUUUCUUCUUCAUCGUCAGAUGAUGAAAAUGACCUGCCUAAUGAUGAUGAUGCAUCUAAACAACUGGUCCUUUAUGACCCUGCCAGCAAUGAAAACAACAAAAUUGAACUUGCUCCUGGUCCUCUUCCUCUACAGUGUGAACCACCUCCAUUGCUUGAUUUACUUCCAAGAAGUAAACCUUCGAGGUCAGUUCCUAAAGUUUUGCCAUCAGUCGGUGCUUUCACUGUUCAGUGUGCAUCCUGCUUUAAAUGGAGGUUGAUUCCAACAAAGGAAAAAUAUGAAGAAAUACGUGAACAUAUCCUUGAACAGCCUUUUGUUUGUCAAAGAGCUCUUGAGUGGCGACCUGAUGUAUCUUGUGAUGAUCCAGAGGAUAUUUCUCAGGAUGGAAACAGGAUUUGGGCUAUUGAUAAGCCAAGCAUUGCACAGCCUCCAGAUGGAUGGCAGCGACUGCUACGGAUCAGAAGUGAAGGAAGUUCCAAAUUUGCAGAUGUAUACUAUGUAGCACCAACAGGCAAGAGAUUGCGCUCAAUGGUAGAUAUCCAGAAGUUUUUGACGAAUCAUCCAGAGUACUUGAAGGAUGGGGUAACUCUUUCACGGUUCUCAUUUACAAUACCAAAGCCACUGCAAGAAAACUAUGUGAGGAAGCGUCCUGCUACACUUAAAUCUUCAUAUGACCUCAGUGGGCCUGUUCAACCUGAGCAAGCGCGGCCUCUUUCAAUAGCAUGGCCAGGUCCAGAAGACUCUGCUAAUUCUGAUGAGGACAGAUCAGGGAUUCCCGCUCCAUUCUUCGGGUCGGAUGUUUUUGACCCUAUCAGCCGUCCUACAAAGAAGAGAACAGUACAGAAGCAAAGUUCCUUCCAAAAUGAUGCCCUAUAGUAAGAAGAAUAUUAGGGGAGAUUGUAAUGCAAAUCCUGAAUCUUGAAUAUCCUGUGGGUUAGUCACCUACUCAUGUCCUUUUGGGUAGAUGUUGCAACUUCCUCUCUAAUUCUUCUCACCCUUUUUGUAAGAAAUGCAAGUGUUGUUAAAUGAACUGCUACAGAAGAUCAAAGGUGCCUAGCUUGGCAAGUAUUUUGAGGUUGUAACCUGACCAUGCCAACCCAUUUAUGCUGAAAAACAAUUUAUGCCAA